UUUGGCAGUAUUAAUUCUUUGUACAGCAUGAAUAUUAUCAUGUUCACCCAGACCCUCUUAGCUCUUCUUGUAUGUAUUGAACUUUUUUCUGCUCAUGCAAGAAUCUUACAAGAUAAUAAUGAUGUUGCUCGAGGUGAUCAAAUUAGGAGGACGUUUGAGAUGAUAAUCAGAUCAUACGACGGGAGGAGGAGAGCUAUGAAUCCGCCACCACCUCCUCCGUACUCAUCUCCGCCGAAGAAACAAUUAACAGCUGAUCCACACACUAUGCCUUAUAUUCACUACUACUACAAAUCACCACCACCUCCGUCCAAGAAAGAGACCUUGUCAUCAACCUACGAUAUGGCAAACGGAGUUGGAAAGCGGUCACCGCCGCAACCUCCCAGAGGAGCAAAACAAAUAGUUUAUGAUAGCUCUUUCCAAUAUUAAUUAUAUGUUUAUGCCAACAACUGGAAGACCUUGUAUGAUGAUUUGUUUAAUAAUCACCUUUAAUUAUUUAUAGUUUUAAUAUAACAAAGCCACCAAAUUCUUGGAGUGGAGUGGCUAGCUUGUUAGUUAUAGAAAAGAUUGCAAUAU